AUGGAAGAAAGAAAACAUUAUAAAAAGCUGACUAAUAAAGAAAACAUAAGAAAUUAUAGUAUGCACCCUGACAAUGUAAUUUUUUAUGAAUAUUUUAAUAAUUUAAAAAGAAAGGCAAUAGGUCAGGGUUAUAGUAAUUUGGUUAUUUCAUUUAAAACUAUUAUUGGGUCUAUUUUAAAAUACCCAUUGCCUAUUACAAAUAGCCAAGCUGCAUUUAAAUUAAGAGGUGUUGGUAAAAGCUUUUCACGAUAUUUUGAAACGGUGUUAUCUCAACCUAAAGAUAAUAGCCGUCUUAAAAAAGACGAUAAUGAAAUCAUUUUAUUCAACGAAGAUUCGAAUAAAAUUAUAAAUCAUGUAAAUAAAGUAAUUAACAAUACCGAUAAAUUUUUAAAACAAUUCAACAAAGAUUUUUAUAAUAUCAAAACAAAUGGGGAUGAUUCGGAUGAUACCAUUAUACGAAAUAUAAAGGAAAUACAAAAUGAUCAUAUAAGUCAGGAUGACAAUAAUAAAAGUUCAAAAAAAAAAAAAAAAAAAAAAAAAAAAACGAACAAUGAUAAUAUUCCAAACAAAGACAAUCAAAUGUUGUUUAAUCAGGGUAAUUUAAACUAUUAUAACGAGCAUGAUGGGCAGAUACAAAAGUGCAUUAUUAAUUCUGCGAAUGAACUAAAAAUCAGUAAAUUAUCCUCCCUAAGCAAUAAUGAAGAUGCUAAUACUAACAAAGAAAAGAUUUCUAAGAAUAAAAAGGCGAAAAAAAAAAUUACCGAAUUAUCUGAUAACGAAAAGAAUAUCCUCACAAUUAUUAACGAGCAUAGUCAUAUGUACAAUAAUAAUGCAAUGAGCAAAGAAGAUAUAAACAACGAGUUUUUAAAAUGUUAUAAAACAUCUAUAAAUACAAAUUUUAUAUUAUUAAACAAAUUAAUAAAAUUGGAAUUAUUAGAAAAACUAGAAGAGACUGAAAAUAAUAACAUCAAUUUUUCAAAUGAGAAAAAUGAUAAAAUCAUGCCUAAUAAAAAAACUAUUAGAUCAAAAUGUGCCAAAAAGGUUAGGAUAACCGAAAAAGGAAAACAAAUUUUACAAAUGAAAAAUGAUGAAAUAAUAAAAAAGGAAGAACACAUAAAUGUGAAUGAGGAAAAAAACACGUUUAAAGUUUUUAAUGAUAAAAAGAGUGAAAUGAGCAUACAUAAUGAGACAAGCAAAUUUAGCGAAACAAACUGUGACGAAACUUUUAAUAGUGUUGAAAAUCCGACAAAAACAAUUAAUGAACCAAAAGACCAACUAAUACAAAUUGCUAAGAAUAAUAAUUUUGAAAAUCAUUUUGAGUUUAUAAAAAACAAACAAAUCGAUCAAAAUAUGCUCGAACAAAUUAUGAACGUUGCAACUGAAUAUAGCGAUAAAGAAAUUAAUAAUAUUGUAAAAAAUGAACAACUCGAAGAAAAUAAUAAAAUAGGAGGCUUAAAAAAAGAUGAUAUACUUGAAAAAAACAAUAGUUGUCAACAAAAUUGUCCCAAUACAAUAUCACCAUAUAAAGAUGGUAAAAUAUGCUUUGAUUCAAACUUAAUGGAUGAGAAAAGUAUAAACAUAUAUAAGAAUAUAAAAAAUUAUUCAGAAAAUAAAAGUGAAUUAACAAAUGACAACAAAAAUAAUGAACAAUUUAAUAUUGAAACAAAAUAUUCUCAUGAUUUAGAAAACGAGCAUUUAGAAAGCGAUUCUAGUUAUAAUUUUCAAUUAAAGUUAGAUAAGAAAAAAGAAGGAUUGUAUAAAACAUUAAAUAUAAGCUUAAAAGAUAAAUUACAAAAUAAAACAAUGCAGGAUAAUUCUAAUGAUUGCAAUAAUAAUACUUUAGAUAAAAAUGUGCAAAAUAAAAAUUAUGAAAUUAACACAAAAAAAUUAAAUAACAAUUCGAAUGCUGAAUAUAUUAAUUGUCAUAGUUUAUUUAGUGAAAUGACAGAUGAAGAUGAUAAUAAUAAUGAAAAGUAUGAAUUCUCUAAAAAUAUACAAAAUUGUAAUAAUACUGAAAUAAAUCCAUCCUCAUAUAAUAAUAUAUCAACAUCUAAUAACUAUAUUAAAAAUAUCAAUGAAAAUGCGCCACUUUUUGAAAGACAAAAUAUUAUUGAUAUAAUAGAUCUUUCUGAUAAUGAAGAAUAUAACAUUGUUAAUCCAUGUUCAUCAAAUUAUUGUAAAGAUAAACAAAAUAAUAAUGAGAAUGAAAAAAAACGAAAGUUAACACCCAAUUAUGAUGACAAUAAUAAUGAAUUGAGGAAAUCAAUAGAAAAUAAGGAGCCAUAUUUUCAAAAAAGUGAACCGACGAAAAAAAAACAAAAAAAUAAGAAUUUAAAAAUGGAUGAAGACGGUAAAAUAGAACGGAAUAAUAACGAAGAUGAAAAAGAAAAAAAGGAAAAGAAAAAAAAAAUUGUAGGAGAAAAAAGAAAUAAAAAGAAAAAAAGUAAAAAUUAUCAUACAAAAUCAAAUGCAGACACAGAAAAUCGUGAAGAAAAAGAAAAUGAGGAAAAUAAAAAUACUCGAUAUGGACCUUAUGAAAUAAUAAUGAUAAUUGAUAAUAGAGAUAUUUCAGGAAUGAGUUAUGAAUUCAACGAAAAAUGGAAAGAAAUUUUUAAAAAUAAUAAUAUAAAAUAUGAAACACGAAACUUACCAUUAGGAGACAUUAUAUGGUUAUGCAGAAGGCCGGUUUAUAACAAUAAUAAAAACAUGUCAUCUAAAAGAAAACGUAAGAAAAAAGAAAAGGAAAGGAAAGGAAACAAAAUAAAUAUAAAUGAAAAUUCAGUAAAUAAUUGGUCAACAAAUAUAGGAAAUAAAAAUAUAGAUUUUACUUAUAGCUAUGAUAAAUAUGGCAAUUCUUUAAGUGGAGAUUGUAAUGAGGAUGGGAAAAAUAAUGAAAUAGAAGAAAAUGUAGAUUAUGAAGAAUAUGUUUUAAAAUGGAUCAUAGAAAGAAAAGCAUUAAAUGAUUUAAGCUCGAGUAUAAUCGAUGGUAGAUAUGAUGAACAAAAAUAUCGUUUAAUGAGAUCUAAAGAAAUAUGUCAUAUAAUUUAUUUAAUAGAAGAUAGUAAUAAUUCAUUUAAAAAUUAUACAAACACAUCCAAAAUAUCCUAUGAAACAUUAACUAAUGUACAACAUAGCAUUAGAUUGAUUAACGGAUUCUCAAUAUUAAGAAGCCAAAGUAUUAAGCACACUUUUCUUUUAUUAUCUGAAAUACAUUCAGAAAUAGUAAAAAAUCUUAAAGGAAUAUGUAAUGUAAAAAAUAAUGAAGAUAUAGUGCAUAAUGAAAACAUAGAAACUUAUUUAAAAAAUAACUCUUCUUCAUGGGAAAUAUGGAAUAAUGAAUCUAAAAAAUCAAAAAAUAAUAUUGUCAAAGAAACAUUUGGAAAGCAACUCAGAUUAAUUAAUAUGUGUGGAGCAGAUGCUACUGAACUUCUUUUAUCCUUAUGGCCAACACCAAUCAAAUUAAAUGAGGCUCUUAACAAAUAUACACAUAAUGGUAUAUUGGCAGAAAAACUUAAAAGAAUUUACUUAAAAAACAGAGAUAUGGUUGGAAAAAGAAAAGUAAAGUCACCUAUUGAUGCUAAUCUGAUAGCGCAAUUAAGGAAAUUAUAUGCCCCAGAUUCGAUUCAGAUGUUUCACCAUAAGGGCAUAGAUUGA